AUGGCCAACAGGUCGUGCUGCCUCAUCCAGGGGUACCACAUGCCCGAGGUGAUGCCGCCACUGCUAAUCCUCGCCUUUGUGCUUGGCAUCCUGGGCAACGGCAUCGCCCUCUGUGGUUUCUGCUUUCACAUGAAGUCCUGGAAGCCGAGCACUAUUUACCUGUUCAACUUGGCCAUGGCUGACUUCCUUCUGAUGAUCUGCCUGCCCUUUCGGACAGACUACUACCUCAGACAGAGGCAAUGGGCGUUUGAGGAUAUUGCUUGUCGAGUGGCCCUCUUCAUGCUGGCCAUGAACAGGGCCGGGAGCAUUGUCUUCCUCACAGUGGUGGCUGUGGACCGGUAUUUUAAAGUGGUCCACCCCCACCAUAUGAUAAACACCAUCUCCAACUGGACUGCAGUUGGCAUCGUCUGUGCCCUUUGGACCCUGGUCAUCCUGGGGACUCUGUAUCUUCUGAUGGAGAAUCAUCUGUGUGUGCAAGAGAAGGUCAUAGCUUGUGAAAGCUUCAUCAUGGUGUCGGCCAAUGGCUGGCAUGAUGUCAUGUUCCAGCUGGAGUUCUUUCUGCCCCUUGGCAUCAUCUUGUUCUGCUCCUUCAAGAUCAUUUGGAGCCUCAAGCAGAGGCAGCAUCUGGCCAGGCAGAGUCGGAUGAAGAAGCCUAUUCGUUUCAUCAUGAUGGUGGCAGUGGUGUUUAUUGCCUGCUACCUGCCCAGCGCGUUGGCCAGACUGUAUUUCCUCUGGACAGUGCCUUCCAGCGCCUGCAACCCAUCCGUCCAUGUGGCCCUCCACGUCACCCUCAGCUUCACCUACAUAAACAGCAUGCUGGAUCCCCUGGUGUAUUAUUUUUCAAGUCCCUCAUACCCCAAAUUCUACACCAAACUCAAAAUCUGCACUUUGAGACCUAGGUGUCCAGGAUGCUUCAAGAGGCCAGAGGGGAGGCCCACUUCCAACCUUUGUUGCAACAGUUGCAUCAGUGUGGCAAAUAGCUCCCAAAGCCAGUCUGAGGUGCAGUGA